GUUUUCAUGUUAAAGAAUCAUCUUCUAAAGAUUUUAGGGUGAAAACUUUAUUGCGGCAAAUACUAAUUACUUGGACUUUCAGUCCAAUCCACCGACAAUCCACAGUCUCUCUCUCUCUCUCUCUGACAAAAAACCAAACAUGGUACAAUCAAGGAAGUACAGAGGUGUCCGGCAGCGUCAGUGGGGCUCUUGGGUGUCUGAAAUUCGCCACCCUUUACUGAAGAGAAGGGUAUGGCUGGGGACAUUUGAGACAGCAGAGGCAGCAGCUAGAGCUUAUGACCAAGCAGCAAUCUUGAUGAGCGGACAAAAUGCCAAGACCAAUUUUCCGGUAGCAAAGGGUCAGCCUGAUGAUGAUUCUGCACUGCCAGCCAAGGCACUAUCCGAGCUACUUAAUGCAAAGCUCCGGAAAUGUUGCAAAGAUCAGUCUCCUUCCUUGACUUGCCUGAGGCUUGACACUGACAAUUCCCAUAUUGGGGUUUGGCAGAAACGUGCAGGGGCAAGGUCAGGGUCCAACUGGGUCAUGAGGGUUGAGCUGGGGAAGUACAAGGACAGCAAGACAUCGGGGGUAAUGGAGGAGGGGACGGCGUUCUCAUCAGGGUCACCACGGGCUGAGGUUGAAGAAGCUGUGAGGGGAAUUGAUGAGGAAGAUGUCAUUGCAAUGCAGAUGAUAGAGGAACUUCUGAAUUGGAAUUGUCCUGUGACUUCUGAUUCAAAUGGUGUUUCAAAAGAAAGUACUUAAGUCCACCUCUUCAGGUGUGAUAUCUAUGGAUGUACAAUUUCUACAAGGCUUAGUUAAAGUCAGGCUAUAUGUCUUUUUUUCCUUUUUGAAUGGCCAGGCUAUAUGUCUUAAGAUGCUAGUAAUUCUGAAAUGUAUAUAUAUGUAUAAGGCCAUGUGUUUUGAUGUACUUCUCAAGAAAUGCAGAAACAGGUGUGGCAGUGAAUGAUGCCCC